UCUCGGCCCUUCUGCCGUGAAAAGGAGGCUGUGAAGUCUGGGCUGUCCGCCGUCACUGAGCCGAUCCUGAACCAGCUCGCAGGUACAGUGGAAUGGCAGCAGAGCGCCUGCUGACGGACCGGAGCCCGCGCUCAGCUGUCGUUCCGGGGUCUUGAAUAGCUCGCGACCGCCGCUGGAGCCUCGGAGCCUGGAGGAGCCGCGGGUGGAGCUGCAGCCUGUCAGGCCGAGCCGAGCCGAGCUGCUGUCAUCUCCCGCCCUGUUAAUGAUGCUCAGCAAGCUGCAGAACUGAAGCAUCGGCAACCCGAAAGCAGACCAGAGCAUUUUUCACUGCUCCCUCCCCCUCAGUGUCCCUGCAGGCUGCAGCAUGGAGCGUACCGGCAGCAUACAGCUGGACAUCCCAGACUUCAGUAACUCUGUUCUUUCUCACCUGAACCAGCUGCGUGUUCAAGGCCGUCUCUGUGACAUCGUGGUCAAUGUUCAGGGCCAAAGCUUUCGUGCACACAAGGUCGUACUAGCUGCCAGCUCGCCAUACUUUCGGGACCACAUGUCUCUGAGUCAGAUGAGCACUGUGUCACUGACAGUGAUCCGUAAUCCAUCAGUGUUCGAGCAACUGCUGUCCUUUUGCUACACGGGCCGUCUCUGCUUGCAGCUUGCAGACAUCAUCAGCUACCUGACAGCUGCCAGCUUCCUGCAGAUGCAGCACAUUAUUGACCGCUGCACCCAAAUUCUUGAGGGUAUCCACCUAAAGAUCAGUCUGGCUGACCUGGACGAAGAGUCCAGGGAUGACGAGGUGGCACGGGGCUCCAGGAAUAGUAGGACAUUGGAGGCUGUGGUGCGAGGAGGGAGUCACAGUGGUCUGCGGCUGGUUGGCCCACGGGGAGGUGCAGAGCCAUGUGAAGCAGUCAGUCCAGCAGAAGAGCCACUUAGCCCAGCUCCAGCGGUGGAGCACAGUGGGCUAGAAGGGCCAGGGACCACCAGUGGAAGAGCAGGCAAAGAACCGAUACUACGUAUCAACCGAGCCGGUCAGUGGUAUGUGGAGACCAGCAGUGAACCGGAACGGACCGGCAGCGCUGAGGAGGGCAGCAUGGAUGGGAUCAGGAUAAAAACAGAGAGGAUGGAGGAAUGGAUUGGAACAGAAGAGCAGCAGGAGGAGGGAGGGCCAAUGGAAGAGGGGGCCACGGUGAUGAUUGACACAUCAGGACGCAGUACACUGGUGACUGGACCGGUAGGAGCGCUGGGGACCCGUAGUAUCCAGCCAUCCUCCAGCUUCAGUGAGACAGACAGGUUUAGUCCCACUGGCAGCGUGGUCGUCCUCACAGAACGUCAGAGAGCAAAGAGCGAGUCUCCUAGCAGGGCAGAUGAGUUGCGACAGCCAAGCUCACAGGGAGAGGAGCAUACAACGUUUGAUAUGGGCGGUUAUGAGGACUACUUGAGGGAGCAGGUAGGAGAUCGCUGGUUCCGCUACAAUCCACGCCUCACCUGCAUCUACUGCUGCAAAUCCUUCAACCAGAAAGGGAGCCUAGACCGUCACAUGCGCCUGCAUAUGGGUAUAACACCAUUUGUCUGCCGCAUCUGUGGGAAGAAGUACACCCGUAAAGACCAGCUGGAGUACCAUAUCCGCAAGCACACCGGCAACAAACCUUUCCACUGCCACGUUUGUGGGAAGAGCUUCCCCUUCCAGGCCAUCCUCAACCAGCAUUUCCGCAAGAACCACCCAGGCUGUGCACCCCAGGAAGCCCACAGCGCCUCCCCUGAGACCACCACCGCUUCAGUUACAUCCAGGGGUGGUCCCAGUGAUGAGGCCUCCCCCAGUCAGGAGGAAUCUGAAGGUGGAGGAGGUAAUAGUGCUGGAGGGCAAUAUGGAGAGGGUCCCCAAGCCUCUGUUUCUACAACAGGACCAGACUGACCCCAGUGAAGGAAGGAACAUGGGGUGGGGGGUGAGUGGGGCAGCAUGAUCCUGUUGUAACCAAAGCUAACAGGAUGUUAAACCCGCUGAAGUCAAAGGACCCCUCAGAGUCUGAAAUGAGAUUUAUCCGCUUUAAACCGCAUCUACCUUCACCUACUAAACCGAACAGAUUAAGCUAAAAUGAAGAAAUUCCACACACUCCAACAACCUCAUGCCACAAAAUUCAGUGGUUCUCGUUUGCCUCCGUCUAGUUUAUGUUACAGAUUUCUACUUUUAUAUUUACAGGUAUUACUGGUCCACAAUGCAGCAUCACAACAGCAUGUCUGGUGGAGACUUUGCCAAACUACUCAGUGCCAGUUAAACAAUUCAAAUCCUUCAUAUUUGCCUUGAGACAAUCUGGAGCCGUUGGAUGAUGAUGAUGAUGAUAAUAAUAAUAAUACUAGUAGUAGUAAUAAUAAUAAUCUUAUGCGUUCUAUGAGUGCCAUAAUGGCGUUAAAAGGUAUAGUUGCACAAAAAGGUUCAAUGAGAAACUUAAAACUAUUUAGCUGAAGGUGCAUCCCAGUGUGAUUGGAGUUUUUUGGUCUUUCCCCAUUUUCCUGCAUUUGGCACGAUUCAGGAUAGAUAAAGGUAUUACACUACACACUUUGACACUACGUACAUACCUCACUGUACAGCACAAAAAACUGCAGUCACAAUCCUCUGUUUCACAAAUAUGAUCAUCCAUCAAAAAUUGUAAAAUAUAUUGGGAGACAGUAGAAGGACGAUGUAAGUGGACUGGUUCUUAUGUAGCGCUUUUCUACUCUGAGCACUCAAAGCGCUUUAUGCAACUUCCCUCAUUCAUGAAUUCACACAAACACUUUGCUGUGUGCUUUCUGUCUAACAGUCACACACAUUUGAGCAACUUGGGGUUAAUAUCUUGCCCAAGGAUAUUUGGAUUGGAGAUUAGAGCAGCCAUGGAUCGAACCACCGACCUUCCAGUUAGAGGGUGACCUGCUCUACCUCUUGAGUCAUAGCCACCUGUGUGUGCCCAGUGGAAGAAUUGCAGGUGUAGAUGAAUAUACACUUGGCCGAUAAAAAUCUGCAAAUGUUUAAUGUUAUUAUUUUUGAUCGAGAAUAGUCAAAAACCCAAAAACCUGCAUUUUAAAAGAGAGAAGAUUUGCUUUCGUCACUGUGAACGAAAUUUUUCUUUGGGGAGUAUGUUGGGGUUGUGAACUGCUGUUCACAAAGUUUUUAACUAUUAGUGCAUCUCACAAAAAUAGAAUAUGGAGAAAAAGUGUGGCUCUGCUAAGAUGCUAUUGAAGCUGCUCUGAUGCCAACUUCGUGUGGAUUUUUGGAUCAGGUUUUCACAUCUUCCUCGAAAAUACCCCAUAGAGUCUCUGUGGGGUUUAGGUCAGGUGACUCGGCUUGCCAAUUAAGUAGAGUAAUAGCAUUGUUGGUAACCAUUUGGUAGUAGUUUUGGAGCUGUAGUCAGGUCAGUCGUGUUGGCAAAGGAAAUUUGCACCGGCAUCACUAGAUAGAAACAUGCAGUCUGUUAAUGCAGCCGUCUUCCUGGAAGUUUAUCCUUUGACAUAUAAAAACUCUCCACUCAGCUGGCCUUUUCAGCAGUGACCUUCUGUGGCUUACCUUCCUUGUGGUGGAUAUUAAUGAUCGUCAUGUGGAGAGCCGUCAGGUCAGCAGUCUUCCCCAUGACUGUGAUUGUGUACGAGUCUGAGACAGAUACUGUGGUUUGAAUAGAAAUUUCCUAAAACGGUAAAGACCUCAGUGCAGUAUCUCGGACAGUUUGAAAUACUUCAUUUCUAAUUUUCUUGAGCUAUAAGCAAUCUUCAAAAAUGCUUGAAAAUAUUGACUUUGUGUGUAAUUAAUAUAGAAUAUAUGAAAAUUACCAUUGUGAAUGAAAUUGCCAAAAUAAUCACUUUUUCACUGUAAUUUUUUGAGAUGCACUAGUAUAUCCCAUUGCCUUCAACAGAGAAUGCAACAUAGGUCAUGUGACUUAUUUGCGUCACAUGAAAACUAUUACGUGCUUUCAUGUGUUCCUGUGAUAAAGUCACAAGUUUGUAUGUAUGCACAAGUAUAUCCCUGAGAAUCAAAUCAUCAGCUUUCUGCUUCUCUGGAUGUGCACGGGAUGUGUCGUAGAACAGAUAUUGAGAGGGAUUCUCACGCUUCAUGCAGGCAAAAUGGAUGGAAAGAUGUCUGUGGGGACUCCGGUCACACUGGGUUAAUGAAUUUGGCAUGAAAUGAAUAGAACUUCCUUACAAUAGUGUUUUUAUUGUGGCAGUUGAACUCAGUUUCUACAGCAGGUUUUAGAUCACACUUGACCACCAACAAACUCACAGCAGGAAAACUGGACAUUGUCCAGCCUCAGAUAAGCUACACAGCUCAAUUACCUCUCAUCACUACGCAAUACAGCUGCAGCACAGCACCACCAGGAAGCGCUCUGCUCCACUCCCACAGAGAUCUCAGUCACUUUUCUCAGAUAUUUUUAUAAACAAACAUGUAUUUAUUGUUUUUCUUCGGUUUCCUUGGACACUUUCUUGCUCUGACAACGGGUGUGAUGGAAGACAGCUUGUUGUUUGAGGAGAACAAGAUAUUGGGACGACCCGAUCAGUAUCUUGUGUGACAGUUAGUGACGCAUUUAAUCUACUGCACUUACCAACAAGCCUGAGGGGAAAAAAUCAGACUGAAACUAAGAGUGAAGAACAGGUGAAGCACAGGUAUUCAAGACGCCGACACAGUAGAAAGGUCUGCUGAAGUGACUCCAAUUAUAGUCAGCACACCGAUCAAAGUCAAAUCAAAAUUUAUUGUCAUCGCUACUGUAAACACAGUGUACAGAGAGACGAGACGACGUGGCUCCAACUGCUGUAGUGCAACAAAACUAAAAAUAUGACUCGUAGAUUAAAAAAACAAUAUAAAUGGGUAGAAAGUCUUAUAUAUAAGGGGGCCAGACCCCACUGACUAAAUAAAUGCAUUAUUAUUAAAAAAAAACUCUCACCAUAAAGUGUCAGGAAAAGGGAAACGAUCUCUUCUGGUCUCUUUGGGGAAUACCUCGCCUUAGAGCAGGGGUGGGGAAACUCCGGGUCUUAAGAGCUGGUGUCCUGCAGGUUUUAGAUGUGUCCUUGAUCCAACACAGCUGAUUUAAACGGCUAAAUUACCUCCUCAACAUGUCUUGAAGUUCUCCAGAGGCCUGGUAAUGAACUAAUCAGGUGUGUUGACCCAGGGUGAGAUCUAAAACCUGCAGGACACCGGCCCAUGAGGCCUGGAGUUGGCCACCUCUGUGGCUACUUGAUGAACUGUAGUUUUUGGCUUUGAGGUUACUGCUUAGUCCCAGUAUAAAUAUUACCUCAUUAGGUUGUCAAUUUUUCUUAUCCGUGAGUGUGUAACUGUAUUCCAAGGGUCAAUAUUUUUUUUACCGGAUAGUAAAGAUCGUAAAAUAAUACAUUAAUAUGCUUGCCUUAUUUAACCUAUUAAAAAUAUUAGUUUUGUGAAAGUUCAAAAAUCCUAUAACUUGUUGAGCACCACAGCGCUGCCACAGAGGAGUUCACCUUCACUCCUGAUGUCAUAGACAUGAAACGGUGACACUGUUGAGGAUAAAUGGAGUCUUUACAUAAAAAGGUAGACCACAAAAUAUAUACAUUUGAAUACAUGAACAGGACACAUGUUACCUAACCUUGGCUUCGUUUUUGUGUGUAGAGUGCAGUAGAGGUAAUGCGUCACUGACAAUAGAUGGUUCUGAUCUGGAUGAACGUUGAUUGGAUACUGACAAGCCAAACCCUGAUAGACCAGAUGGAUGUAGUGGCCAGGCCUUGGCGCUGAACUUCAGAAGCCUCCUGUGAUCAGAGUUGACCUGUCGGAGGGCGGGAGCAGGUCGGACUAUCUGGCAACCAAAGGAAAGAUGGCGUGGCCGCGUGGGCCCCUCAAAACGCCAAAACAACUAAACCUCUUAUCAAUGAGGGAGAACGAGAAGGUCACAAAGUUUUUGUAACAAGAGAACAAUAACAAAUCUACACACAUUAUAAGACAAAUGUAUUUAAACUACUAAGAUGUUUUUGUUUUGUUUUUUAAAUAUGAUUAAUGUAAACAAGCUAGGAGUAGGCAGGUAGCACACAGAUGGGCUGUUACUGUUUUCUUCUACAGAGCUGUGAAACAGAUUCUCAGUGGAUGGUCAAUUUUUUUAUGCAAGUGAAGCCAGCGGCUCUGUCCUCAAUCGAGUGAUUGGAGAUUUUGUCCCAGAUGCCACUGCAGCCACUGCCGCUAGGCUCACACUUCAGGCUAACCAGGAUAUCAGGUAUACAAACUCUUUUCUUUUAUUCAAAGAAUUGGAUGUUUACCUUUCCCACGUAGCAGUAUGCUAACAGCUAAACCUCAGUGCAGUAUGCACGCUGCAGAAAUAAAACUUACCUGUAAACAAAAAAAAGCAGCAGGGAAGGCAUCCUCACGAGUCGCCGUAGAGGUCGGCAAAACCAAGACUGGGAAAUAUGAAACAGAAAUGAGCAUGGUGACCUCAAGACCUCUUUCCACAGAAUGUGUGGAUGUCUGCCACAGUCUGGGUCGGUGUAUAAGUAUGUGGUGAUCUUGCCUCUAACAGAUGUUUAAGUUUUGUCUGCUGUGUUGGGCUGGAACGUGACUUUGAGCAGGUGUUUUGAAAGAAAUCGCGACUUUUAGAAGCAACCAAAAGGGGCUGAAUACAACGACUUGUGCAGGAAAUAUUGUGUAAAAUUAAGCAAACAUUAUUCAAUUAAGUUCCAUUCAACAGUCACCCCAAGGUGCUGUGUAUUGUAAGUUAAAGACCCUACAGAAUAACGGGGAAAAGCACAUUUAAAAAAUCUUUCAUGUUCCAUAAAGUGACAAUCAAAUGAUUUUAGCUGCUAAUUAAUAAUUAAAUUCUUUGAACAAAAUCACCUAAAUGGACGUUACUUCUGGAAGGUAUUUAGUAUUUCAUCAUGGCUCGAGCACAUUCAAAUCAGGAGCUGAUUAAAAACUAUUUAAAACCAGCCGUGAUUAUACAGAUUAAACAGAGCAACGUGCUGGGAGGUAUGUGACAUGACAAAGAGCAGCUCGAGUCAUUGGCCUGAACCCGCAUCUAGCAGGAGCUAACAUGUGACUUUACAGUACAUUUGUGUAUUCGUGUUAUUUCCUGCAUCAUUUUUUCAGGUCAAAUGUAUCCAUUGUAUUGUAGUCUUAACAUGUUAUGUUAGCAAAAUAAUGUUAGUCUCAAUUUCAAUUCAGUUUAUUUAUACAGCGCCAUAUCGCAACAACAGUCGCCUUAAGGCGCUUUAUAUUGUAAGGUAGACCCUACAGUAAUCCAUACUCAGUAGGUAUUAUAGCAGUUGAGGACUUUUCAGUGUGGAACUCUUUAGUUUUGUUGAUAUAAGGCUAAAAAGAAGACGUUGACAGUUACCUGCUAUUUCUUCUUGUAUUUAAACGUGAACUAAAAAUCCACAGGUACAGGGCUUUCCUGCCUCAGAGUGGGCCUUUUGGGGGUAACAACUAGAUUGGUCUGCAUGUAGUUGUAUAGUAUAGACUGUUUCAGCAUUGUAUUGCUGUUUCUGGCCAUUGACCAACAAAAAUGCCUUUUAUUCCUGAGAAACCCCCCCCCCCUCCAAAAAGAAAAAUUAAAAGAAAUGUGUGUGCCACCACUUUCAUAAAAUCCCAGAUGCAUAUACUUGUUUUAUCAUAAAUAAAGUCCAGUACCAGAAAGCAUAGCCCAAAACACUUUUUCAGCUUCAAUAAUAUUUUCUGCACAGGUCAGGAUUCAGCCCCUCUAUUGAUUCAAUUACCGACAUCAUGUAGAUGAUUUAAGACCUGAGCGUUUCUUCAUGUUUCAUAAGAAAUCCGGUUCAUUUUGGUUCACUUUGUGUUUUACAUUUAUCAGGAAUUAUCCAAUGUAUAGAAAACUUUUUCGAGCAGUGAUCAUGAGAAGUACUUCAAAGAGACAUUUCUGACAAAGAACAAAAGUUUCGAGUUGCACAUGUUGACCUGUUCCAGCGUAAAGACAUUAACUUGGGGUUUCCGACCACCAUAGAUCCAGGAACAAACAGAUCGGCCUUCUUUUCUGUGUUUCACAUUCUGUUUCUGCUUCCUCCUCUUUGCUCUGAGUUGUAGGAAAGCAGGGAAGACUUCAUGUUUUCACUGAGCAAUACAUCAUUUCAAGUUAUUGUUGGUAACAAACUGCUCCCUUCUGGUUCAGUGUGGUCCUACUUGAGAAAUCUACAGGAGGAAAAGUUGGCUUAGAGCUGCAUUCAGAAACAACUGCAUUUCAAACUUGAUCAUAAGAGAAUUGCUCAAUCAAGUCUUUCUCUGCUCAAACAUGCAGCAUUGACAGUUUGCCUAUAAGGCACCAACAGCAACCCAAUCUUCAUGAAUCUGUCCAGUGGAAAUGACAGAUUUCAGUCUAUAUUCAAAUUAUCAUUCUGUUGCACAUCAGUCUUGUAUAGUUAUACGCAAAAAUAUUAAGAAAAACUUGGUACAAGCAAGCAAAUGUGUCUCAAUUCACCCAAAAUGGGUUGUGAAGUGUAGUGAACACUGAACUGUAAGAGGGAAGGUGCUCAAUUGAACCGACCUCUGUGCAGUGAAAUGGCCUCGCCUAGCGUUCUUAAAUGUUGUUCACUCGUUAAUUUUUGAAGUAAACUUGCCUGUAUCUGCUGUUUGUCCAGUCCCUUGGAGUCACAGACAUGACAGUCUCUGUCAUUAUGCUCAACAACACGAGCGAUGCAGCAAUGAGUCAGACAUGAGUAAAUGUUAAGGCUCAUCGCAGUGUUCACCGUUACUUCAGCCGCGUUUGCUUUAAACACAGACGGCCCAAAUCAGACUUUUCCUCCUCGAUGAUUUCUCAUGUUCUGAUCCACUUUCAUCCUCAAACUGUGAAAAACAGCGGAACCUCCUCAUGAUCCUCACGUCUUUGAUUCAGUCAAGGUUCCAGCUCAUUUGCUUUAUUCAGAAUGCUAAACCUUAGUUCAAUUAUCUUGUAAUAGGUGCAGUCUAAAUUUUCUUUUUCCUACCUGGAUAAAUCCAGUGUUUAGCACAUGAAUAUCCAGUAACAUUGACCACAACAUGCCUAACCAUAAAUCAGAUCAUUUAACUAUAUUCACGUAAUAACUCUUUAAUGUUGAUUCCUCAGAGUAUAUCCUAAUAUAUCAAUGCAGAAAAUAAGUCAAAGUAAACAAAUUUUAGAUAGUAAAUUAACUUUUAAAACUGUACUUUUUUUUUUUUUUUUCUUGAAGAGGAAGUACUUAAGUUCUGUAGUAGAUGAACCUAAAAGGUUUUAUGUGAACAUCUUUUAUGUUGCAUGUCUAUUGCUAAAUCAUGUUGGUGGAGGGUGUGGGAGGGUGGGGGGAUGUGAGGCCAAAGGUCAGUUAGUUUAGAUAAAUGUGAAGAUGCUUACUUUCACUAUGACCACUAGAUCACUCACAGGUUGCAUCUCCUUCAAAGGAAAUAAAGCACUUUAAGUGACAAA